UUUCGUUUUCUCCAACUUCCCCAUAAUACGUCGUCUGUUGCAGCGUGUUUCUGUUUACUUGCAGAUUUCCGAAGUUCUGAAAGUCCAGUUUAUUUUAGUGCGUUGUAUCGUCUCUCUUCGUGUUUAAAGUUAUCGACAAGAUGAACCCCCCAACAUCAUCAGACGAUAAUGACCAAAUGAGAUCGUUCAAAGACUUUUUGGCAUCUUAUAACAAGUUGUCAGAACUUUGCUUCACAGACUGUGUUUGGGACUUCACCUCAAGAAAUGUAAAAUCCACUGAGGAACAAUGUUCUCUUAAUUGUAUGGAGAAAUAUAUGAAAAUGAAUCAAAGGAUCUCCCAGCGUUUCCAAGAAUACCAGAUGAUUGCCAAUGAAAGUGCUAUUGCAGCAGCGCAGAAAGUUGGAUCAGUUUCACGGUGAUCUCUUCGUAUUAAGUUAGGAUUGUAAAUUUUUUUGUUGUUUAGAUUAGCUUUGUUUCAAGUUAAAUUAUACAGGAGACCUUAGAAUUAAUAGUGUGUUAGCAGGACGUAACACUAUUAUUUCUUAUGAAUGUGUUUAAUUUACAGUACAUUUUUGUGUUGGAUUCAUCCCAUUUCCAAGGCAUGUUCUUUCUUAAACUUCAUUUGAAUACAAUACAUUGUUUAUAAGUA